UCAAUUUCAUACAGUAUAAAACUUAAAGUUGAACAUCAACUGCAGGUGUUGUCUGGUAAAUUCUUUGCGAAAACAAGCGUAUUCUUCAGUCAGUGAAGCAACUCACAGUGGGCACAAUCGCGAUACUUCAAAAUAAAAUUACUCAGGUAAACGUAAAGCGUACUACAGUGUGGUUAAAAAAAUCCUUAAAGUACAUUCUUUUCUCAAAACUACUCAACUACUCAUGUUAUUAUAACACAUUACUACCCAAUUCGGGCACUAUGUUUUAUAUCAACAUUGAAUUUCUGGUUUCUCGCAGAUACGUUUAAAAGGGGGCUCUUAUUUUGAAAUCUAACCGGAUCUAAAGGGUUUUAUUCUGUGUUUCUUGACAAAGGUCCGGGCAGUGGGAGGCUGUCAGUCGCAGUCUCCACUCUGCCCGCAUCAUUUUCAGUAAUGUGACAGCGCAGCCGGAGCUGUGUCCCGGUCCGGAUCCCGUCCGCGUCUCACUCUCUGACAUCCGCUCAGGAUGGAUCAGAGGAGAGCCGAAUCCGACUUCCCACCCGCUUCCCCUCCAAUCACGUUAUACGGAGAAUUUACCCAAAACAGUAACCGGAGAGGCAGGUGGGCUGUAAACCUGACCGAGAAGGACCUCGUCGUCCAGAGGCUCGCGUCGGCACCUGUCGGCCGGAACAAAGUGGUGCUGAGUCUGAGGGACUGCGUCGGCUGCCGGGCUUACCGGGAGGAUGACAAGGCGGACCCGUCGGCGUACUUUGCAGCAUACUUUUACCCACUGAGGAAGCGCCGCUGGAUGACUUCUGCUCCGUCGCGGCAGCGCGUGGAGCAGUGCUUUCGGCUAGCGGCGCUCCAGGACCCGCACGCGAACCUGGAGGAGGCAGAGAAGUGGGCUCGCGCCGUUCGAGAACGCUCUGCCCGGCAACAGCGCCUUAGGGACGGUGUGUUGCUGAACUCGUUGCCCCAUCCUUGCCGGAUCUUGCUGUUUGUGAACCCGCAGAGCGGGAAAGGACAAGCCCUCACCUUGUAUAACAGCCACAUCCAGCGGAUGCUCAAUGAGGCGGGAGUCAUCCAUAAACUCAUUAUCACUGAGAGGCAGAAUCACGCCCGGGAGCUGGUGAAAGACGUUGACCUGUCACAGUGGGACGCUUUAGUCAUCAUGUCAGGAGACGGACUGCUGCACGAGGUGAUAAAUGGUCUGCUGGAAAGGCCAGACUGGGAGGAGGCCGUCCGCACUCCGCUGGGUAUCCUUCCUGGAGGUUCAGGCAACGCCUUGGCUGCAUCUGUGCAUUACUACUCUGGCGUCUCUCAGGUCACAGGUGAGGAGCUGCUGGUCAGCUGUGGUUUCCUGCUCUGCAGAGGACUGGUGUCCCACAUGGACCUGGUCUCCCUCCACCUUUCCUCCGGCCAGCGCCUCUUCUCCUUCCUCUCCCUGGCCUGGGGCUUUGUGGCCGACGUCGACGUGGAGAGCGAGAAGUAUCGCCACGCCGGAGCCGCCCGGUUCACCGUCGGCACGCUGGUGAGGCUGGCGUCUCUCCGCAUCUACAAGGGUAAGCUGGCUUACCUCCCCGCCAGCAGGGGGCGCCACACGGACAAGAGUCUGCAGAAUGGAGCGGCGGCAUGCUGCAGAAAUCCCGCCUCCUGUUUGACUCAAACUUUGGAAGAUGACUUCCCAAAUAACACCUGCCACUCCAACAACUCCCUGAAGCUGCGGAGGUCAGAGGGCAGAUCGCCUAGAAGUGCCGCCAAAGCCCUCCCCGGGCCUCCCGACGCCCUGCUGCCGCCUCUGGAUCAGCCGCCGCCGUCCGACUGGGUGCUGGUGCCGGAGGAAGACUUUGUCCUCAUGCUGGCCAUGCAUCAGUCCCACCUGGCCGAGGACCUCCUGGCGGCGCCCGACGCCCGCCUGGCCGACGGAUUCAUCCAUCUCUUCUACGUCACAGCGGGGAUUUCUCGCAGCGCGUUGCUCCGACUGUUUCUGGCCAUGGAGAAGGGCGCACAUCUGGACACAAACUGCCAGCAUCUGGUGCACGCGAAGGUGCGGGCGCUCAGGCUGGAGCCGGGCGCCGGGAAAGGGAUCAUAACGGUGGACGGGGAGGUGGUGGAGUACGGUCCGAUUCAGGUCGAGGUGCACGCAGGCCUGGGGAGGGUGAUCAGCGGAUGAGAGGAACAAAAACUCCAAGUCUUACCAGUUUGUUUUUUUUUAUCUAGUUUUGAGUGCAAAUAUCUUAGGCUACGUUUACAAGAGACAACUGCCGGUAUUUUCAGAUGUUAAUUGUGUCGCCAAAACGCCUUGAGUCAGCAGCUGUAGUUGUCAUGUCAGGCCACUAGAUGGCGCCGUGAUGUUAGCAUGUUGUCAGUGCGCAUGUGCUGCUUAGCUUCCACCUCUUUAUCAGAACUUAUGUUAAGUUGAACAGAUUCAGUAGAAAAACAGCACAAGGCUGUCCGCCAUUGCUCUGGGUUUUAUCUGCAUGCACAGAAUAAUACAGCGGCACAUCAGGGUCAUUGUAGAUCGAACAAAUUCAUACAUUCUACUAAUUUCAGAAAUUUACUAGAAAAAACUUAGCAAAGUUGAAAUUCAAACUUUGAGAUUAAUCUUAAAAUUUUUGUUUUUUCUAGAAAUGUUUCAACUAUUUGAACUCAGAAAGUUCAAAUAGUGAUUAAUUUCAAACUGAGAUUUGUCCAUGUUUCUUUCUAGAAAAUUUCUGAGAUUGAUCUCAAAAUUUCUACAUGCUUUCUAGCUAUUUUUAUUUACUUUUAAACGUCAGAAAUUAUGUGAUAUAUCUCAGAAAUAUUCUAUAAAAAACAUGGGCAUUUCUGAGUUUCAAAAGUCAAAAAUUGACUUCUCAAACUCAAAAAUGUUCAUGUUUCUUCCAAAUAAUUUCUGAGAUAUAUCUCAAAAUUUCUGAGUUUUUGUAGCAAAUCCACAAAAAUUUCUACGUUUUUUUCUAGAUAAUUUCUAGAAAAAUUAUCUUUUUUAGUGGAAAUUGAAUUCCUUUAUUCUACCUACAAUGCCUCCAAUACACCAUCAUAUAAAAACGCUACAGCUGCGUGUUCUGCGCAUACACCUGCAGAAAACUUCACGGCUCAGCAGGAUGUUAAAGUGAAAUUUCACUGGUUUCUGGGGUAUAAACGCGCGACUGGAUUGAAACAAAUACGCUUCGCUUUAACCGAGGAGCGACUCUGUGCUUGAAAUAAGACAAAAUGAACUUACAAGUAAAUUAUCAACAAGAUCUAGGCGCUUGUUAUAAGUGAAUAAUUCCUUAAUAUUGAUUUAAAUUAAAUUUUGUUCAACUAGCGGAUUAUUUGACUUCUUUUCCUGAAGUGAAAUAAUCUAAUUGUAGUCAACGAUUUUACAGAAGAGCAAUUAAUUCAACAUGUUUAAAUGAUACACAACGUUUUAUGAACUGUGUGAUGAAGAAAGCUCUACACAUUGUCCGAAAUAUUUUUUUUUUAAAAAAACAUCAUCCUCCUACUUCUUACUGUCUUUUCUUCUUCGUGGUUUUCGCCAGUAUAACGUCCGGCUGUUGAUCACAUGACUCGUGUGACGUGAAUAUUUAGAAAAUACGGCAGAAAAUGAUGCUGGCAUGAAACGCUUUUUUUCGAAUCGAAAAAAGUGCGUUUUUGUUUUGAUUUGUGUUUUAAUUAGAGUGUUUCUAUUAAGAUUAUUUUUGUUUGUAUUUCAAUUUUAUGGUUAAUAGAAACGCGGCUUUGUUACAGUCGUUAGCAAUUAGGUCAAGUUUAAAAUCUAAAGAUGCUUUUUACCAGGCAAGCCGCUGUAAUGUCAGACUGUUAGCAGGACUAAACAGUCCCUCAUUAAUCUACACUCAUCCAUCAUCCUGCCUCACUGUUCUGAGCCAAGCUUUAUGAAUUAUUAAUGAGUCUAUUUAUUUAAUAUUAAACACUCGGCCGCUCAGUCUGGCGGCGCCACCGGAGCUAAAACCCAAAACAGACGCAGGCGAAUCGUGUGCGCCGCUACUCUGCGGUGGCUCAGUUCAAGAUUACGCAACAGCAGAGGAUUAGUUUGGUGUUUAUCGGUGCUCUGCAGGACAAUGCCGGAUGCGUGUGUGAGAAUGUGCCUCGAACACUCAGUCAAACCCAGAAGAUUCUGCUUUAACCGGGCAAAUCGCUGCUCCAGGUCGCGGUUUAGUCUCCGCAGACAGGAAACAGCGGCUCCAGAGUAUUGAACCAAACUCCGGCACCUGUCCUGAUAGAUUGUUGUUGUUUUUUAAAGUGUGUUUCGUUGCGCUGCUGCAUCCUCCCUCCAUCUUUCCAGCACCAAUAUGUUCGUCUCUGCUGGACGCCACACACUCUCCAUCUUUACCAACGUGUCUUUAACAUUAAACUGUGAAAGUUAGAGAUGCAUAAACAUUAUUAUUUUUAACCAUGUGGAAACACUGAGGAGCCUUAAAAUAGGCACUGAUUGUAGCAGGUUGGCCAGAUGGCGACGAUUUCUUUUUACAACUAAAUCUGAUUUUCAUUACAUUUUCCUUGUUUUCUUUUCUUAAAAAAAAAAAGUCAAAAAAGUGGCUUUUAUUUCAGUCAUUCCUUCUCUGUUUUAUACUACUGAGUAUUAGGACCAGGCUUUGAUAAUGUGUUUAAUUACGAGAAUAAUGUCAGUUCACUGAAUAAAGCCUUAAUUUUACAUGAAAAUACCAGAAACAACUUCAAUAUGACGUGACCAGUCUGCAGUUUUCUUCAAAAUAAGACUCAGUUCUUUACACGAUCCUUUCAAAGUCCUGAUCAUUUGAUUCUGAUGUGUUAAAAAAUGAAGUAGCUACUUCCUCAUCUGUAAGUAUAUAAACAGCAUUCCUCGUUUUAUUUUUUGUAGGGGAGUUCUAAAAGAAUUACGACUUUAUUCUCCUAAUAUUAUGACUUUUUCUCGUAACUGAAAAAUAAAAACUUAAAAGUCCAACUAAAUAGAAGCUGUAAAACAAGAUGGCGGCUCUAGCUAAGCUGACGUCACUCCGAAAUACGGAAACCCAAAGAGCUUGUUGAUGAGGGGGG